GCUAGAGCGACCCUGAGGGGGCGGGUGGCAGGAAAAGCUCGGAACAGCUGCCGGAGGUGACGGAGCAGAAGGCCCAUCCGGUGCGCUGGAAGACGAACCUUCCAGCUCCAGACAACCUGAGCCCAAGGUUCCCACAGCUCAGUACAGCCAUGAGUGCGGAGGUGAAAGUGACAGGGCAGAACCAGGAGCAAUUUCUGCUCCUGGCCAAGUCGGCCAAAGGGGCAGCGCUGGCCACACUCAUCCACCAGGUGCUGGAGGCCCCUGGUGUCUACGUGUUUGGGGAACUGCUGGAUAUGCCCAAUGUUAGAGAGCUGGCUGAAAGUGACUUUGCUUCCACAUUCCGGCUGCUCACAGUGUUUGCUUAUGGAACAUAUGCCGACUACUUAGCUGAAGCCAGGAAUCUUCCUCCACUCACUGAAGCUCAGAAGAAUAAACUUCGACACCUCUCAGUUGUCACCCUGGCUGCUAAAGUCAAGUGCAUCCCAUAUGCAGUGUUGCUAGAAGCCCUUGCUCUGCGUAAUGUGCGGCAGCUAGAAGACCUGGUGAUUGAGGCUGUAUAUGCUGAUGUGCUUCGCGGCUCACUGGAUCAACGCAAUCAGCGUCUAGAGGUUGACUACAGCAUUGGACGGGACAUCCAGCGCCAAGACCUUAGUGCCAUUGCCCGAACCCUGCAGGAGUGGUGUGUGGGCUGUGAAGUUGUGCUGUCAGGUAUCGAGGAGCAAGUGAGCCGUGCCAACCAGCACAAGGAGCAGCAGCUGGGCCUAAAGCAGCAGAUUGAAAGUGAGGUUGCCAACCUUAAAAAAACCAUUAAAGUUACAACAGCAGCAGCUGCUGCAGCCACAUCUCAGGACCCCGAGCAACACCUGACUGAACUGAGGGACCCAGCUCCAGGCACCAACCAGCGCCAGCCCAGCAAGAAGGCCUCAAAAGGGAAGGGGCUCCGAGGGAGUGCCAAGAUUUGGUCCAAGUCGAACUGAAGGGAUUCAUUAUUUCUUUCCUGGGGAGAUGGGGCCCCAGCUGCCUGCCUACCUGCCCCUUAGGAAUCCUCAGAGAGCCUUCCUGUGCCCCUGGCCAGCUGAUAAUCCUAGUUCAUGACCUUUCACCUCCUGCACCCCAAAGCAUAGAUUACAUCUUUUCUAGGGAAGAAGCCAGUACAGGUCAUGUUUUUAUUGGUACUUUUUGCUCUACAUGAUUUUCCCAUGUGUUUCAUUGUUCCUUCUCCCUGUCAUGCUCUCCUCUCUAUUUCUUUAAUAAUUCAGCAUCUGUCCCUGUUUAUUACUUCUGUCAUUGAGUAGGUGGGUAGUCCUGAAGGUCGCUCAGUCUCCAGCAUAAGCCUCGGGUGUUCCUUCUACCACCCUUUCCCUGCAUGUCAAAUACCUGAUUCCUACUCCCUACCCGUGCCUAUUGGCUAGCAUCUGAAGAGUGAGGGCCCUACCAGAAUUCUUACCGUGAGAAUUCUGGGAGCCAGUCUGCCAUUCUGGGAGUGACUGGACACUUUCAUUCUAGAGUCCCAGCACACUACAGUUUCCUUUCCCCCAUCUUCCCCUUGGAUCCUGGGAAUGCUGCUGCUUCAAUGAUUCUAGAGCCUAAGAAGGACAGCUGUUGAGAUGUUGAGAAAUGGUUCUUUCUUGGCUCUGACCAUCUUGGGAAGCCCAAUGGCAAUCCUGGAAAGAUUUAUAUCUCCUUUUGGAGUUUGGUGGGGAAGGGAAUAUAGAUUGUAUUAAAAAAAAAAAAGUAUAUAUGCAUAUAUCUAUCUAUAACAGAACAGAAAUAAAUAUAAGAAGUCUAUCUACAAACAUGCCCAGAA